ACAAAAGAAAAAACAGGUCGGAGCGAGCAAUCUUCAACGAGCAAGAGGUAUCUCCGCUACGUGCCGACGUCUCGUGUUCGGAAGAUGCAUUCGUUGUCCCUCGUCGUGCUAGUUUGUGCGUGCAGCUUAGCAACAGCCACAACUUGCCCGGAUAAUAGUCAUUGUGACGAUUCUCAGACAUGUUGCCCCACGGGAAAUGAUCAUUAUGGGUGCUGUCCCUACGUCGAUGCUACUUGCUGCGCCGAUAAGUUGCACUGCUGCCCACCGAUGUUCGUGUGUCACGUAUCGUCAUCAACGUGUCGCCUAGGAAAGAUAUCCUUGCCGUGGGCUGCGCGAGACAAAGGCGUCCACCCAAAAUCGGAAAAUCGCCAUUCGAGUCGAAAAGGUGCCGUCCAGUGCCCGGACAGUAGUCAUUGUAAGUCCGGAGAGACCUGCUGCAGAAUUCCCGGUGGCAAACACAAAUGCUGUCCAUUCCCUAACGCAACGUGCUGCCCAGACAACGGACACUGCUGUCCCAUGGGGCAUUCGUGCGACCUCCAUACCAUGACCUGCUAUUUGGCCGAGGCAGCUGCCGCAGGAACAGUGAAAUUGCGUAAAACGUAA